AUGGAGGCCCUAAAAGCACCUUGUUCUCCUGAAAAUGCAGAAGAGACAUUGUCAUAUGCGAAGAUCCCCUAUAAUAUGAGUUCGGUAUUGAUGAAACAAAAUAUAAGCAAGAUACUCAAACUUCUAUUUCAUGUCAAAAAGGGUGUAAAGUUACAAAAUAGAAGGUUCUGGACCUAA